AUGAGCGGCGCCGUGAAUUUCAAAAACUGCGGCUCUGUGCUGGUAACGGGAGCCAGUCGUGGGCUCGGGCUGCAGAUCGUCGACAGUCUGGCGAGCGGAGGUUUCUCACCGGGCAAGAUUAUAGCCACGAGCAGAAACCCCGCGAGCGCGCAGAAACUUCAGGAACUGGCGGACAAACACCCCAACAUCCAUAUAAUUACUUUGGAUGUGGUGAGCCAGGAGAGCAUAGAGAAAUCCGUUGAAGAUGUGGGUCAGCUCGUACGAGAAGAGGGUCUGAACUGCCUGAUAAACAAUGCAGGGAUCAACGUGGUGGCCGACUUUCAUUCUGUUACUGCAGAGAAGAUGAUAGAAAACUUCCACACCAAUGCUGUGGCUCCUCUGAUGAUCACCAAGGCCUUCCUGCCUCUGUUAAAACAAGCUGCGUCCAGAGGGCAAGCAGGUGGCCCAGGGAGCAUGGGCAUCCAGAGAGCAGCAGUUAUUAAUAUGACCUCUCUGCUGGGCUCUGUGGAGCUCAACUGGGGGGAGAGAGCAAACAACUUCAAAUGGUACCCCUACAGGACAUCCAAGAGUGCCCUAAACAUGGUGAGUCGCUGUAUGGCCGUAGACCUGGAGCCUGAUGGGAUUCUCUGCAUGGCUAUACAUCCAGGAUGGGUCCGCACUGACAUGGGAGGGUCUGAGGCUCCGUUGACUCCAGAGGAGAGCAUUUCGUCUGUCUUGUCUGUGAUUGGUGGACUGACUGAAAAGGAUCAUGGGUCAUUUCUGAACUUCACAGGAGAGGUGCUGCCCUGGUGAUCCUGAUCUUCACUGUAAUGAGUAGGAUGAUUAUGAGCACCAUUAACAUGUGGCUGUUUAGUCAGCGAUGACAAUUUUUGACUAUGCAAAGAUGAAUGUAUCAGUGGUUGAGAGUGCACUUUGUUAUUUCUUAAUCUAGCUCUGCCCUCUAGAAGAGAUGUUGUACAUUUCAUCUAAAUGCAACUUAAUUAUAGCAGAGCAAUAGUGUUCAGUUAGUUGUAAAGAUAUGACUAACAUGUUUAUAAGUAGAUGGGUGUGGUAUACUGUGCAGCUUGUCUUUUAGAAUACAAAAUGUGCAGUAGUUACUCCAUCUAAGCUGUGUUCAAAUGUUUAAAAAAUAUAUGUUUCCAUGAUCUGAUAACAUUACUAAACUAUCAUGGUCAUAAAAUUGCCAUGUUUUAUACAACUGUGUGGCUUUAAAACAAUUUCCUGUUCCUCUUAUUUUAUUGUCAGUGUUUCAGAGGUGUUAAAAAGCUCUAAUUAAUUAAUUGUGCCCCCAAAUUGCAUUUCACUGGGUGAUGUGUGUUUGCUUGCAUGUUUGUUUUAGAGGGGGCGUAUUGUGGUUGAAAAGAGUUUCAAAGAAAGAACAGAAUCAACCCAUUGCUACUGAAUUUCUUCCAACUUUAUUUGUAAGAUGGCGUGAUAGCUUUCUCUUGUUUCAGUUUUGUGUGUUUCCUACAGUUUAAAGGACAAAAUCAGAUAUGGGUCAAUGUGAAUUAAAUUACACAAUGUG